AUGGGGUCACAAUGCUGCUCAAAUGUGCAGCGACUAUCACAGGUUGUGGCUUCUGCCACCAAACCCAAACAGGGUUUUCGUGGGCCGUUCGUAGGAGGAAUCCAGAGAAAAAGAACCGCUGCUCUGAAUGGAUCCAGAGCCCUCUCUUCCUGCCUGUAAUGAGAGUGGAAUGGCUGCAGAGCAGGAGCCAAGGAAACGUUAUUUGUGACUCCCUUUCCAUCUGCCGUUAGCCCAGGGGCAGGAAGCAGCCAUGCUGUGGAGCUGAACAUACCCAGCCAGCCUCACCAUGGCAGCUUCCAACUGGACCACACCUCACCACUCCACCUUCAUCCUCCUCGGCAUCCCGGGUCUGGAGGCGGCCCACGUCUGGAUCUCCAUCCCCUUCUGCUCCGUCUACAUCCUGUCUGUCGUAGGGAACUGCCUCCUCCUGGCUGUGAUCAAAUCUGAGCCGAGUCUCCACGAGCCCAUGUACCUUUUCCUCGCCAUGCUGGCCUUCGCCGACCUGGUUGUCUCCAACACCACCGUGCCCAAAACCCUCUGCAUUUUCUGGUUUAGGGACCAGGCCAUUCAUAUCGAUGCUUGCCUGGCCCAGAUUUUUUUGAUUCACUCACUUACUACCAUGGAGUCCGGGUUCAUGCUGGCCAUGGCCUUCGAUCGCUACGUCGCCAUCUGUAACCCGCUGCGACACUCGGCCAUCCUGACCCAUCAGGCCAUAGCCAAGAUAGGGCUGGGCGUUGUAAUGAAGGGGGUUGCGUUACUGGGCCUCCAUCCAUUUCUGUUGAAAUGGCUCCCAUACUGUAAGACCAAUGUUAUUUCUCACACCUAUUGUGAGUUCAUGGUGCUGGCAAAACUGGCUUGUGUGGACACCACAGUCAUAAGUGCCUACAGCCUGGUCAUCGCAUUUUUCACUGGGGGGUUAGAUUUCAUUCUCAUUGUCCUGUCCUACAUCCUGAUCCUCCGCACAGUUUUCAGCCUGCCCUCCAAGCAGGCCCGGAGCAAGUCCCUCAGCACAUGCAGCUCCCACGUCUGCAUCAUACUCAUGUUCUACACUCCUGCGGGAUUCACCUUCCUCUCCCACCGCUUGGGCCACGUGGCUCCCCAUGUCCACAUCCUCAUUGCCAACAUUUACCUGCUCCUCCCUCCCAUGAUGAACCCCCUCAUCUACAGGGUGAGAACCCCGGGGAUCCGCCAGAGGGCUCUCCACAUCUUGGGCCUCAAACCAGCCUGA